UCACGAAUCAUGACCAUUGUGUGCAAUCAAGGGGUGUGGAUGAAACAACAACCAAAGACGCGGGCCAUCUACAUCCAUCUCAUCUGUCAUCCCACUACAUUGCUUCGUCCUGGUGCAUCUCCGACAGUGUCCCUCCCCUCUGUGAGGAGCCCCUGACCUUGUGGAAUGUCUACACUCCUCGCACGUGCCGCCAACAUGGAUGUCUCACAGACUUUGACACCAGCACAGACGAAGGAGCAAUAUACCGAGAAUUACUGUGGGGUGGCGGCGGCAGCUAUGCUUUUGUAUGACUACGUCGUCACUCUAGACCAAGAGCGUCGCUAUAUCUGGACAGACGUCCGUGUCGGCUACGUCGUGAUCUUUCUUGUCAACCGGCUAAAUAUGCUCUGCAUGGCUGUCUCUGAAAUACUGUUCCUAUGCUCAUAUCAAGCUUUGAAGAGUUGCUCGCAGGUCGCCGUGCUCUGGGGUGCGGUUGUUAUAAGCACACUACUCUUAUGGGCUUGUGUUUCUACGCUUCGUGUCUACGCCAUCAGUAACCGCAGUGCCUCGCUCGCGGCAACCACUGCAGUCUUCGCCCUAGUCCCGAUUCCAGUCAACAUCUUUUCAUUUGUGAAUACCGAUCUUUUCAUGGUAGCCUUACGUGCGUCGACGACGUGUGCUGGCAAUCUCAAUACUCCAGCACAGACACAAUUUGAACUCGUGACUCUCAGCAGGGCAUCUCUCAUAGCGUCGGACGCUAUGGUCCUAGUAGUCACCUGGUGGCAGCUAUGGGGGACUCUUCGACCAUCAGGACAGGGGAAGAGUCGUUCUGCUCUCGCCGUUCUCUUACUGAGGGAUAAUAGCUCAUAUUUUGUAUUAUUUCUUCUGAUUAAUAUCGCUCAGAUGGCUCUACACAUAAUGCUUGGCAACCGGUUCAAUCCAAUUGCGACUUUGAUCUCCCCCAUUACGUGCAUUGUGAUAUCCAGGCUGAUCCUCAACCUGCGUCAACUUUCAUUCGCCAUGCGCUCACCUAUGCACGCUCGGCGGCGCGACACCACUUCGCCACCGAUCUCGACUGUCCCUAGUUCCUUCCAUCCUUCGCUUCUGUCAACUAUCGUGUUCGGCCCGAAGUCCCAGGGUAGCCAAGGCGACCAAAUGCUGUCCGUCCCGCUGGAAUCACCAUCCCGCUGCUCAGAAGGCGCGCUGGAAAGUGGACCCAUCGACGUUGCUGACUAUGUGAUGGAUGAUAUCAUAGAAGCGGAUGAGGCGGAUUCAAACACGGAGUGAGCAUCGAGGGGGGCAGGGUACUAAAUUAUGUAGCAACGGUCCGGUGAGCCUCUGUCCGGCCCAACAUGACGUGGAAUUGACGACGAGUCGAUAUUUUCGGGAACGAUCUUUGUACAAUAUAAUUGCGUGACGCCUUGUGCAGGUAUUCUGAUAAAAAUGACUAUGC